AUGCCGAACACUUGUCUCAAUAUUAUACCAUCAGUGGUUCAAACUUUUGACCAUGAUGACUUUUUUGCUCGCCGCUGCAUAUGGGUGAACGGCCCUGUCAUAGUUGGGGCUGGUCCAUCUGGUUUAGCAGUUGGUGCUGGCCUCAAAAAGCAAAGUGUGCCAUUCAUUAUCCUUGAAAGAGCUAAUUGCAUCGCUUCUCUUUGGCAAAACCGCACCUAUGAUUGCCUUAAGCUUCACCUCCCCAAACAAUUUUGUCAACUACCCAACUUUCCAUUUCCAGAGGACUUUCCAGAAUACCCAACCAAACGCCAGUUUAUCACUUACCUAGAAUCCUAUGCUAAGCACUUUGACAUAAGCCCACAUUUCAAUGAAACAGUGCAGUCUGCUAAGUAUGAUGAAACUUUGGGUUUGUGGAGGGUCAAAACCAUUAGAGAAACCAGUUCAAAUUCAAACCUAAUUGGUGAUUAUCAAGUUGAGUACAUUUGCCGGUGGCUUGUGGUGGCCACUGGUGAGCAUGCAGAGAAAGUGGUGCCAGAGUUUGAAGGCUUUGAAGAGUUUGGUGGCCAUGUCAUUCAUGUUUGUGACUACAAAUCCGGCAACAGAUAUUGCGGGAAGCGUGUGCUAGUUGUUGGUUGUGGUAAUUCAGGCAUGGAAGUCUCCCUCGAUCUUUGCAGCCACGGGGCAGAACCAUCAAUGGCUGUUCGAAACUCUGUUCAUGUCUUGCCAAGGGAAGUGAUGGGAAAAUCAACUUUUGAGUUAGCAGUUUUGUUAAUGAAAUGGCUGCCACUUUGGCUUGUCGAUAAGAUACUACUGAUUCUAGCUUGGUUGAUUCUUGGAAAUGUUGAAAAGUAUGGUCUGAGAAGGUCAUCCAUAGGUCCUUUACAACUCAAAAAUAGUGCAGGAAAGACUCCUGUGCUGGACAUUGGUGCAUUACAAAAAAUCAGAUCUGGUGAGAUCAAAGUGGUCCCUGGAGUCAAAAGGUUCUUCCCUGGCAGAGUUGAACUUGUUAAUGGAGAUGAUAUUGAGAUUGAUUCUGUUAUUCUGGCAACUGGGUAUCGCAGCAAUGUUCCUUCAUGGCUAAAGGAAAAUGACUUCUUUUCCCAAGAUGGGAUUCCAAAAAAUCCAUUUCCUAAUGGGUGGAAAGGGAAAGCUGGGCUCUAUGCAGUUGGGUUCACAAGGAGAGGCCUCUCUGGAGCAGCUUUGGAUGCCGUUAAUGUAGCACAUGACAUUAGCAAGAGCUGGAAAGAAGACACCAAGCAAAAAAAAAAAAAAAAGUUAGGCAUCAGUACCAAACAAAGGAGAGCACAUUCUCAACUCAUAAAAUUCUUAUUCAAACUCUAGUAUCUUUCACCUUUACACGAGCAUUAGUUAAAUAGGGUUUCAAGGAUAACAGUCAUAUGGAAAUAUCCAAUUAAAUUCCAUGAAGCCCUCAACAUUGAAAACCCAAAUUCAAAAAAUCAAAUCAAAUUCUAAAAUCAAAUCUUAAAUGAUUUUGGUGCUCCUUGCAUCAAAGACUACAUGUACUAAAUUCUAACAUUGUCUCCACUUUACCUAAUAUUUUUAAACUUAGAAAAUUAAAGUGUUGGACCCAUUCAUCAUUGAGUUUGGUUUCAAAUGUGGAGUGUUAGCAUGCUGAUUAAAAAAUUAAACCCACCUCUUCCUAUUAUCUUAAGCCGUAGGACAAGUGUUUCAUUAUCAUGCAACAUAUCCAGUCAAUGAGCUUAUACCUCUGAAGCUCAAGUGCAACAGAUUCCAAUUAAUAAUAACAAAAACCAUAGCA